AUGCUGCUGUGGCUGCGGCUGCUGGCGAUGGCGGCCGGCGUGUGGCUCUGCCCGGUGGUCGGAGCUCAUUCUCUGUGCCGUGUUCACACAGUGAGGACAGCAAAAGUGUUCAAUGUCGUGCAGCGACUUCAUGGGGAGCGCCUGUACUUUGACGCUUCAGCCCCUCGCUUGUUGAAGCAUCCUUGCCACAAGCACCUGGCCCUGUACCUGGGAAAGCAGGUGUUCCUCACGAGGGAUGAUUUCAAGAGCAGCCUACUUCCCUUCACCGUCCCCGAGUCCAUGGCGGUGGGCGUGCCCAAAGUCACGUCGGCCCACUUCGCCGGCCCGCUGCUGCUGCUGGUGAUCAACUACCAGGUCUAUAUCUACAACUACCAAGACAACAUCUGGGGCAAGGCCACAGGCAUACAGCAACCCGUGUCCCACGUUUCCGGCGACAACUGCUGUAAUGCCAGGAGAGCCUUUUGCCUGUCCAUCAGUAACUCCGUGUUUGCGUACGCCCGCGGCGAGAAAAUAUCUCGAACCAACAUGUAUUUCUCGGACACGGGAGGACAGAGUUUCCGGAAGUACGUCUUCCACAGACAGGAAGAGCUGAGUGGGACUCUGGGCGGCAUCUUCUACUUUCACUCCCUGUCACAAGUCGGGCUGCUCAUGGUUAACAACAGGAAGGGCCAGUUCGCGUACUCACACCACCCCCUGAACCGGAGCUUCGGGCUCCCCUUCGACUACAAUGGCACCCUCAACGUCCUCACCCUCCCGGGCCAGAGGGGCGUCCUGAUCUUCUGGUGCGCCAAAAGUCUGCUCUUCUCACUCAACUCAGGCCAGCUCGUGGACACCGUCCAGGUGCGUAAAGGAGACCAGCUCCUGCACCCUUCCAUCUUCGACGCUAACAUCAUCAUCCAGGACGUCACCUUCAAUGAAAACGAGCUGGCCGUCCUGUCCCGGGAGCAGCACCUGUACUACGGGAGCGUGGGUGCUCUGUGGAGCUCCAUCCUCAAGAUCUCAGAGGACCUCUUCUGGUCCGCGGAGGUGGCCCUGAUGUUCACGGGCACGGGCGUGCUGCACGUGCUGUCCCCGCUCGGCGAUGCCUUCUUCCUGGCCUUCGACUUCCAGCAGUGUUCCAUCAGUAUCCAGGCCACCCUCAUGGAGCCUGACCUCCAGGUCGGCAAGUGCAAGGUGGAACUGCUGGAGGCUAUCUUUGCAGCGGUGUACACCAUCGACAUGAACAGCGAGCUGCUGCUGCAAGCCAGGCUCAUUGCGCGGCUGGGCACGUCACCCAUCCCCUUGGCCAUGGUGAGCAAUCCACACUCACUGGGGCUGCAGGCCUCCAUCUCAGAGCGGGGCGACACCUUCGACGGCAGCACCAUGUACAUCCUGGACAUCCAUCUGAAACAACAGCAUCACUGGGGCAGGACAGACCCCAACUUCACCUACAGCAUCAAGCGACCCACCAUCUCCAGCCUGACAGUGGACAUAGCCAACAAGGAACUCUCCUGUGUGGACAUGAAGCCGCUGUCCACGCUCAUCUCUCUGGGCUGUGACCUAAAAAAGAAAAUCGUGGUCCAGAGCGAAAUCACUGCCUGCUCCAAGGGUAUCCUGGACCCCGUGGUGCUGCAGGACAACUACUCCUAUGUCAUCGAGAAGGAGUCCUACGACCCCAACUUCAGGGGGCGCAAGGCCGCCAAGGACCUCACCGUGUUCUACCCCUAUGAGGACCUGGGCUGCCCGCGCCUCCUCUACUACGACACGCCGUGGCGGCCGGUGGUGGAGCUCUGGCAGGCCGGGCAGUUCCAGGAAGUCGUGACCGCCGAACACGUGCUGCUCGAGGUCAAUGGCCUCUUCACCUACUCGUACGCGCUGAGCGCCAGGGCGGCGGGCUGCACGGCGCAGCCGCAGAACUGGAGCACCAUCCUGGGGGCGCACGCGGACGGCGGGCCCUCCUCCUGGAACAGGGAGAGCUACGUGAGCUGCCGUGACCCCAGCAACACGCAGCCCCUGCGGUGGCCCCAGGCCGAGUACCAGAUCCUAGGCGGGUCUACCGACAAUGAGAUCAUCUUUGAGCAACGUAAUGGGAUUUACGUCUUCUUCCUCGCAAUCGUGGACCCGUACUACAGCUACUGCCACCUGCACACCACCUUUAGCGUGUACGUCUACGGGGCCUACCCGCUGUUCAGCAUCCCCUCGGACAUAGCCAUCGCCCUGCUGGUGGCGGCCAUCCUGCUGGGCGUAUGGCUCGUCUACUGGGUGCCCAAACUCAGGCACAGAGAGCUGGACCACAGCAUCCAGGCGUCCCACCCGUGCCAAGACUGCCUGGGCGCCUUGGGCUGUGUCCACCAGCGACAGUGA